UUAACGUUUUCAUGAUUAAAGAUAUCACACCUCUUAUAAUGUGUAAGCCCUGCUGAAAAAACCAGCAUACCAGCAAGAGGUUUGCAAGUGAACACCAGCUAAACCAGCAUCAGCACCAGCAUUAGCACCAGCUAAACCAGCACCAAACCAGCAUUAGCACCAGCUGAACCAGCAUUAGCACCAGCAUCCCAUGCUGGUCAUACCAGCAUAUGUUGUGUUUUGGUGCUGGUAUGCUGUGACCACCAGCAUAGACCAGCAUAAUUCCCAUGCUGGUUUUUUCAGCAGGGAUUAUGUUUACAUCGCCAUAGAACUAUAAUAACAAACUUAACGUUACAUAUUUAGACACACGUGCAUACCUGUAUUUUAAAAUAAGAUUAUUUUACAUAAAUGUAAAACUAGGACUCGUUAUAUUCUUUAAAAUAUUGUGUAUAUAGUAUAAUGGCACAUUAGGUAGAUGAACGCUUUAUUUGUAAUUAUCCUACUUCAUAAAGUUAACUAUUGCUUAUUGAUCUGAUAUUGUCUCGUCGUGAGAUCGCUCGUGUGCAGCCAACACCCAGCAAGCAAUUUUGCGGCUAAUAGACGUCUAGUAGCCAUCUAAACACCCCCCUGACGUCUAGGCUAAAACAAGGCUAAUUUUGGGCUGUCAGUGAAAAUCUAGUAGACGUCUAUCAUAGCCCAAGAAUAGACUAGUCAUCAAAUAGAUGGCUAUUAAACGUCUACAUAUAUACGUCUAAUAGACGGUGAAUGUGGGUCUAGGCUAAAACAAGGCUAAUUUUGGGCUGUCAGUGAAAAUCUAGUAGACGUCUAUCAUAGCCCAAGAAUAGACUAGCCGUUAAAUAGACGGCUAUUAAACGACUACACGUGUGUGUCUAAUAAACAACAAAAGAAUGGCUAAAGAAUUCUUUUUAAUCCAUUAAAAAAGGUUCUCAUAAACAUGCAAUCAUGCAAUUUAUUACAAAAAAUAUUGUUAAUACAAUAGAAAUUCAGAUAAGACAAAAUUAAGAAAAACUACUUAACAAAAAGAAUAAAAACAGUAACAAAAUAAAAGCAUAUAUAACAAAAUACAACUUUAAAAAUGAAAUAACAUCUAAACAUUAACAAACUAUCUUCAGUUCACGUCCACUUAUUAAUUGUACUAAUUUCUAUACCCCCCCCCCCAGUGCUCCCUGGUGCCUGUUUGAAAUGCCCCCAUUGCAGUGUUGGGAACGUUACUUAAAAAAAGUAAUUAGUUAUAGUUACUCACUACUUGUUCCAAAAAGUAACUGAGUUAGUAACUGAAUUACUCUAUAAUAAAAGUAACUCGUUACCAGGGAAAGUAACUAUUUGCGUUACGGUUAAAAAAAAGUUGCUAUAUGUCAAAGAAUUUGUAUUUUUUUAGCAGUUUUCACAUGUCAGUUGAAAUGAGUAGAACAGACAGGUGUUCAUACAUAACUUUCCAUAUUUAUUGCACGUCAACAGACAGCAAGAGUUUUAUCCUACACUUCAAGUAUUAUCUUUGUAAGAAAAGUAAACAGUUACACCAUAUAAAGUGCAUUUAACUUCAGCAAACUAAAUUAAAUAAAACUCUCUCAAACUGAGACAACUGGUCAAAGUAAACAACCUGUACUUCCAAGUGUUUUGUUCACAAAAAGUUAACUUUUAAACAACAAAAAGUGUGUUUGCUCUGUAGUCGUAUUCUUAAUUAAAUAAAUCAAACUCGCAAUGUCAGACAACUGGGGCCGGAUUCACGAAAAUAUUCUUAAGUGAAAAAAUAAGAAGGUUCUUAAGAUAAAAUAUAAGAAGUUCGUAAGAAUAUUCCUAAGUGAUAUUCUCGAACAUUUCUUAAGAAGUUCUCAAAUAUUUACUUAAGAACUUCUUAAUUUUUUCUUAAGAAAAUUUAUUAAGAUAAAAAUUACUGGUGUAACUGGUGUGGCAACAACAAACUUAGUAACAAUUAUAUUAUUUCUGUAUUUUAUCUUUUUUAAAGUAUCACUCACCUCUCGUUCUCUAUUUAAACGCCGUUAGGUGAGUUCGUUUAAGCUAACGACAUUAACCGUCAUAGCAAAACUUCCAUACUAUAAAGUGGCUCGGCUAGUCGAUCAUCUGAGAUGGAGGAGAGAAAAAGAAAUAAAAACUUUAGUAAACAAGAACUCGAGGUUCUUAUAGAAGAAAUUAGCUCAAGAAAGAAGGUUCUCCUUGGGAGAAUCGAUAAUUUCACAACGGCGCAAAGUAAGCGUCUUGCUUGGGAACGGGUGGCGGAUGCUGUUUCAGCUGUGGCAAACUCCGUUAGGGAUGUGGACGGGGUGAAAAAGAAGUGGGCAGAUUUAAAGUCGGCAGUAAAAAAAAAAGGAGCCGAAAGAGCAAGGGAGCAGAGAAAAACAGGAGGUGGAUUACCAUCUGUAAAUCUGGAUCCAUGGGAGGAGAAAAUAUUGUCCAUUAUCGGUGAAACAGCUGUAACUGAAAUCGAUUCCGGCGUGGAUACAAAUGAAGUGAGCGUGACUUUGGAGCUCCUCCCGAUUGACCCACCCUGCACAAUGGAUUCUAGUUUGGACAGAGAAGUUGAAGAGGGUACCCUGGAGCCUGCAGAGUUCAGUUUGUCACAGGUCAUGUUUGAUGACAACCCUCCCCUGUACCAAACUCCAAAACCAAAGAGGUUGCGCACAGAGGAGAUGGUUGAUAUCCAGAGACAACUGUUAAAUGAAGUGACUGCACUCCGUAAAUGUCAGGAGGAGUUGCUUCAGGUGGAGAAAGAAAGGCUGGCCAUUGAACGAGAAAAACUAAAAUUAAAAUUUUUUGAAUUGUAAUUAUUUAUUUGUUUUUAAAUAUUAAUAUAUUUAGACGGUAAUAUACAUAUUGGUAACAGAAUUAUAAUAAUUGAGCAAUAGUAAUGUACUUAUUUUAUUGUAAUUUAACUUGACUGACAUUUUAAUAAAUAUGAAUUUGUAAACAAUUGCAGUAACACUUUGUUUUAGGUAAAUCGUGUAGCUAUUAGAUUAUUGCGUGCUUGCAAUCCUGAGUUGCUAGGAGGGUUUGCAGCAU